AUGGGCAAGAUGUCAGGGGAGGAGGAGGAGGAGUUUUAUUUGUUCAAGAACAUCUCCUCAGUGGGACCUUGGGACGGGCCCCAGUACCACAUCGCCCCAGCCUGGGCCUUCCACUUCCAAGCAGCCUUCAUGGGCUUUGUCUUCUUCGUGGGGACCCCCCUCAAUGCCAUCGUGCUUGUGGCCACUCUGCGCUACAGGAAGUUACGUCAGCCCCUCAACUACAUCUUGGUCAACAUAUCCCUGGCUGGCUUCCUCUUCUGUAUCUUCUCUGUCUCCACGGUCUUCAUCGCCAGCUGUCAUGGAUACUUCCUCUUUGGUCGAACUGUGUGUGCUUUGGAGGCCUUUCUGGGAUCCGUGGCAGGUCUGGUGACAGGAUGGUCACUGGCCUUCCUGGCCUUCGAGCGCUACUUGGUCAUCUGUAAGCCCUUUGGUAACUUCCGCUUCAGCUCCAAGCAUGCGCUGAUGGUGGUCCUGGCUACCUGGACCAUUGGUAUUGGUGUCUCCAUCCCUCCCUUCUUCGGCUGGAGCCGGUUCAUCCCAGAAGGCCUGCAGUGCUCCUGUGGCCCUGACUGGUACACCGUGGGGACCAAGUACCGCAGCGAGUAUUACACGUGGUUUCUCUUCAUCUUCUGCUUCAUCGUACCCCUCUCCCUCAUAUGUUUCUCCUACUCCCAGCUGCUGGGAGCCCUCAGAGCUGUCGCGGCCCAGCAGCAGGAGUCUGCGACGACGCAGAAGGCUGAGCGCGAAGUGAGCCGCAUGGUGGUGGUGAUGGUGGGAUCCUUUUGUCUCUGUUACGUGCCCUACGCUGCCUUGGCUAUGUACAUGGUCAACAACCGUGACCAUGGGCUGGACUUACGGGUCGUCACCAUUCCUGCCUUCUUCUCCAAGAGUGCUUGCGUCUACAAUCCCAUCAUCUACUGCUUCAUGAACAAGCAGUUUCGAGCCUGCAUCAUGGAGAUGGUGUGUGGGAAGCCCAUGGCAGAGGAAUCGGACAUAUCCAGCUCCCAGAAGAUGGAAGUUUCUACUCUUUCCUCCAGCCAAGUUGGCCCCAACUAAGGAUCGCAUACUGUUUGGCAGCAACCAGAA